CACUUUUUUGCAACUUUCUGAUUUGUUUAGUUCUCAAUCAGCAAGAGUACAAGGGAGAAUCUGUUUCUUUAGCGAUAUGUUUAUGAUGUAUGAUGCCGUCUCUGACCGUCACUAAAUAACUGGCACCAAUUGCUUAAGAGCAAAAUUUUACAGAGGUUCUGUUGUAACUUUAUGACACCAGCACGUAGAGAUGGCAUCGGCUGGAAAAGAUUUUAAAACUGAAGAUUUAGAUUCAGUUUUAAAUGUGAUAGGACUGUCACCUAAUGAUCCUCUAGAUAGUUUUGGGGAGAUGUGGUAUCAAGUAUUUCUAUGGACAUUGUUUUCCUCUAUGUUUGUGCACAUCAUUGCUUGCUUGAUUUCUUUGUGUCAGUUACGAAAACACACAGUAGGGCGAUGGAUACCUCUUAGUGUUUUUGCCAUGGGUGUUAUCUCCCCUUUGACUGGUGGAGUUGUGUCAAGUGCUGCAGUUGCUGCCUUGUAUAGAGCAUCUGGCUUUGUUAUGAUGCCUUUUUAUGCCUUAGUUUGGGGUGUGGGACAAACAAUAAUUGUGUGUUUUGUGUCGUUUACACGAAUAUUAGCAACUUUAUAACCAAAGAGUGUAACAAUGAAACUAAGCAUAUCUGUGAUAAAAUUUUGAAAAGUUGGAAUGUUUUGAUAAACUGAAAUCAGUUGACUUUUCAUCAAAUUAAAUCUGUUAUGAACUUGGAAUAGCAAACCCACAGCCAGAAGUUAUUGCAUGUAGUUCAAGACUACGCUUAAAGGGGUACAACUC